AGGGGUGUGCGAGUGCACUGUACUAUCUUGCACCGGGGUGCUUGUAGUAGGGGGUACAAGCGAGGCAAGAGUGGGAGGGAAGCUCCCAAGUCUCUGCUAGAUGAUUGAGGCAAGUGCCAAUAUCAGAGAGAGUGAGCUAGUGAAGCUAAAUGAGUUAGUCAUAUUAGAGGAUGGGAAGUUAGAUCGGAUGAGAAGUGAGAUCCGAUCCCCCAGGAAGGAGCCCGCCUCCUCCUUUUAUAGACACAAGGAGGGGCGGUGUACAUGUACGGGGGUCAGAAGUCGUCGUCUUCUCUCCGAAUCGGGGGUGCACAGUGGAUGUCUACUGUAGAAGGUACACUGUGAGGCACUGGAGAGUAAGGCGCCGGGCGUGCAGUUGUCCUGGGCAACAUCCUGGCCUUGCGAUGAUCGCGCCGGCGUCCUGAUAGCUCCUGUGGGCGUCGUGGCGGUUGUUGUGGAGGGUACCGUCCUCCAGGCAUGCGUGGCAGGGCGUCGAGGGUCCUCCAGGCGGAGGUCUUGCUCUAUUCAUGGCCCGGGCCACGUCCGAGGGUCGCGCCCAUGCCGAUCGAGGGUUCUGCAGUAGAGAAAGUACGAAGGGAGUACGGGGAGUAGGCAGCACAGUGGCGAGAGCAGUGCCAGGCACGUCCGCACAGGGCGCCGCAGGUUCCCACAGUGUCACCACAGGGCCGGGGAUGGCGGAGCAGUGCCCGGAGUUGGCGGACGGGACUCCGGUCACAGCUGCUGUGCGGUGUGGUGGUCUGACGCCGCAUGACUCCCCACUCCGCGGUGGAGUGGUUGGCAUUUAUUGCCUCUGUUAGGCGGGUAGGUGAGCCGGUGGAUCGUUAACUCCGUCAGCCGAGGGGUAGCCUCGAGCGAGUCGGAGUUAGUUCGCUCUCCCGAGGGUAGGUCCACUACCCUCGAGCGAGGCGGAGACGCGGUGCGCUGUCGAGGGUCUCGGCAGGGAGGCCUCGAGUGAGGCGGAGAUUGCUCCGCGGGUUCGAGGGGGGUUCGGACGGGCUAUACCACAGAGCUGGGCUAUGAAUUGGGCCUCUUUGGGUCCUGGAGAGGACUUUUGGUGUCGUUAAGUGAGUUGGGGCCGUCGAGUAAUCCUUCUUUCCCUUCGGAUCGGAGGAAGACUGUGGGCCUUGACUCGUUGUGACUAUAGAGCGUGUCGGGAGGGCGGGGUCGUGGGCCCGGUUGCCCAAUCGUGUUUUGCAUUUUUAGGGGUGAUUUAGUCCCCUAAUUAGGGUGCCCCUAAUUAUGGUACCCGACACAUGAUGAUGCAAUGCUAGAGCGCAAUUGAUGAACUAGCUACUAAGCACACAGACAAGAGCAAGAAUCAAACUUGCAAGAAAGUAAAUUCUCAUAGUUAAAAGAAAGGAUGCAAAGGCACUUGAUUGUUUAGCAUGUAUAAAGGAGUUGGCAUUCUUCCUUAAUCUAUGUUGUAGCUUACAAAGGGUUUUUUUCUCCCCUUUUUGCUACAAAGACUCGAGUGCUCACUAAGAAUUCCUCUUCUCCAUAUCUAGAAUACCGGGCUACAUACCUUAUACGAAUUUUCUCCUUGGAAGCUCCCACAAUAUCAUGUGUAUUAUGUGGUGUUCGAUAUUUGUCUUCCUAUCUGGUAUUACACCUAUUGUAUAUACCCUCGGCAUAUUGUGAUCUAAGACAUUGGUUGUCAUUCAAAACAUACAUUAUGGUUUGAAUUAAUUAAUCACCAAAAUUUACCACAUACCUUAAGGCCUGGAUUCUUAUAGGAUCUACCCAGACCAAGAAUAUACAGCUCAACUUUGAAUUCUAGGCCCAAGGCCUUCAAUUGCUUCUGCAGCCCAUCUAUACACCACACAACGUUCAUGUAUUGCUUCUUACUUGAGGCAUUGUAGUCAAAAGUAGAGGAAGUUCAUUGUAGAUAUAUUCCCAUAUCUUACGGGUACAUUCAUUGUGGAUAUAAACUAUAUCUUACGGAUAUGUUCAUUGCAGAUAUAUUCUAUAUCUUAGGGUUACGUUCAUUGCAGAUAUAAUCUAUACCUUACAGAUAAACUCACUUGUCGUCUAGCAACAGAUAACAGCUAUCAUUCUAGGACUAUUCGCUGUUUCUAUAUCAUUAGGAUAUUGUUACUAUCGGCACACUAUUCUAGGUUUAGAGAUAUUGUUAGUAUAGCCAUAAGUUAUUAAUUCUUAGCCUAAAGAUAUUCCUGAUAUAUCAAAUAUAGCGGAAAGUUAUUUAUUCUUUAUCUAUCUUGAGGAUUGAGGAUGUAGCUAGUACAACCAAACCUUGCUAUAUAAAUAGGUACAUUGUGGCUUCACCUCCACAACAACAACACAAUACAAACCAUUUUACACCAAAGGUUGCAAGGCCGACCUGAAAGCAAAGAGUACGAUGGCCACUCCUCAUGUUCUCUUGGUUGAGGACUCUUGUGUUGACCGUCUCGUUGCAUCGAGGCUUUUAAAGAGCUUUAACAUUCGAGUGACUGCAGUGGAAGGUCCUAAGGAAGCCUUGACUUUCUUGGAUAUGGAACAUGAUGUGCUAUUGAUUCUCACUGAUUACUGUAUGCCUGAUAUGACUGGUUAUGAUCUUCUGGUUGAGGUCAAGAAAUCACCCAAGCUUAACCAUCUCCCUGUGGUGAUUACAUGCACUGAGGACAUCCCUGAAAGGAUUAAAAUGUGCCUUGAUGGAGGUGCAAAGGACUACAUCAUCAAGCCCAUCAAAGUUGCUGAUGUGCCUCGCCUUCUGAGCUACAUUUGAUGAGCCGACAAGGGCGAUGAAUAAAGACGACAUAAUAUAACUCUUCUAAAGGGUUAUAUUUCUCGUUAUCUAGCAGCCAUCGCUAUUUAGAUUUGACCAUAUAUGGUCCCCUUUAUAUCAUCAUUUGCUUUCAACCCGUUUGAAUUUAUGUAAGACUAUUAUGUGACUAUCGUGACCAUAUGUAUGGUUCACUUUUAUGUCACUAUUUGUGUUCGAUCCGUUUGAACUUCUAUAUAAGACUAUUAAUAAAGUGACUUUAAGUUUUUUAUGUCUUCA